ACAACUGUGCUAUCUGUGGAAUAUUUCGGAUCUCGGCACACUGCCUUACCUGUCUGCAGGGCCUCUGCUCAGAAUGUGACAGACUGUACCACUCUUCCCCCGAGAGAUCAAACCAUCAUCGAACAGCUGUCACAUCAUCAUCAUCCUCAUCCAAAAUCCGGAGCAGUCACAGUUCUUCCACAUGGUGUUGUCUUCACUGCACUAAAGUCAACUCCAUCCAGGAUCUGCUGUGUGAGGAGUGUGAGCGUCCUCGCUUGGAAUCCAUCAGCUCUAACAGAGAUGAAUCUCAGCCUGCCACCAUCACUGAUUGGCAGUGUAAGAGCUGCACCAUGGUGAAUGCAGCCAGCAGUAUUCUGUGUGAGGUGUGUGAACGACCACGUCUGGCCACGAGACCUCCGACCAACCCAUCACACCCACCAGUCACCCCACCAAGACCACCAGCACCAGUACUGGGCAUGCCCGGUGACCCUGACAGCCAGUGGGUGUGCCAGUUCUGUACCUAUCUGAACUACUCUCCUGCUACAGUUUGUGACAUGUGCAACCUGGCUCGUCCAGAACCCGCACCCCUCCCUGCGAAGCUUCGCCCUCCCUCUCCUGUCAGACGGGUCCCUGCUCUGCCAAUCAAACCCAAAGAACCUGCCCCCGAAGACCUUAACUCCUGGAGGCAGAGACUGAUGAAGGAGGAGGGGCUCAAGCUGAUUCAGCUGAUUAGAGAUGGAGAGAAGAAAGGGGUGAGUCCAGAGGAGGUGUACACCAGCAUGAGGGUAGCUGGGGAAAACGGCAUCCUGCCCUGCAAGUGGUUAAAGACAGAACUUCCUCUGCUCUUAGACCAGAUUAGAAUGCUGGUAACGACAUUCUCUCUUCAGUCUGAUAAGACCACAUCCGACAACAUGAACAGAUCGUGUGAAGCCUCUGAUGAGGACGCUCCUGCAGAAACAGAGCGUGCGAUCCAGCUGUCCCGAACAGAGGCCAAGCAAGGCUGGCUGACAGCAGGGGGCGACCUUGAGAGAGCAGCCAGACAAGCUCUGAGAGACAGACUCGCCAAGGUGAAGGAGCUGUGUGUGUUGGGUUUCACGGAUGAGGCUCUGUGCCAUGAGGUUUUGAGACAAAGUGGUGGUGAGGUGAGAGGGGCCCUGGCUCUGCUUCAACGGCCCUUGCUAGAGCCCUUUCACAACCGCAUCUGGAGUGAGAAGGCUGAGCCUCCUGUGGACAUCCAUCACCCAGACAAGCAGCGGAUAUGUCGGAGGCUACUGGCAGUGUAUGAUCUUCCAAGCUGGGGUCGCUGUGAGCUGGUAUUGUCACUGCUUCUGGAGCACAGUGCCCCCUACUCCCUGGAGGAUGUAGUGCAGGCUGUGCGAGAGUCCCAUGACAGGGAGUUUAUCAAGAGAGUGCUGGCUAAAGAGUGUCCCAUCUGCCUCUCUGUCUUCCCCCACAGCAAGAUGCAGUCUCUGACAUCAUGCCAGUGUUCAGUGUGCUGCGGUUGCUUCCAGCAGCACUUCACCAUUGCGGUCAGGGACAAACACAUCAGAGACAUGGUGUGUCCAGUCUGUUGGGAGCCCAACAUCAAUGACCCUGAGCACCUCAACAGCUAUUUCUCCACUCUGGACAUCCAGCUGCGAGAGUGUUUGGAGCCAGAAGUCUAUGAACUGUUCCAUAAGAAGCUGACAGAGCAGGCUCUUAUCAAGGACCCCAAGUUUCUCUGGUGCUGUCAUUGUUCAUAUGGGUUUAUCUAUGAUGGAGAUCAGCUCAAGGUUACCUGCUUUCAGUGUCACAACAGUUUCUGUGCUCAGUGUAAAAAGCCUUGGGAGUCUCAGCACACAGGUCUGUCCUGUGAACAAUACCAGUCAUGGAAGAGAGAGAACGACCCAGGGUAUCAGAAACAGGGCCUGGCUGGAUACCUCAGAGACAAUGGCAUUACUUGCCCUAACUGCCGUUUUCAGUAUGCAUUGUCUAAAGGAGGCUGUAUGCAUUUCUGCUGCUCGCAGUGUCGUUACCAGUUCUGCAGUGGCUGCAACAACCCGUUCCACACCACCUGUGCAGUGGAUGAGUGCAGUGUGUCGGGACUACAUGCUCAUCAUCCCAGAGACUGCCUCUUCUAUCUGAGAGACUGGGAACCUUCCAGACUGCAGGCUUUACUCCAGAAUAAUGAUGUGGCAUUCAACACUGAACCUCCUCCUGGAACACAGACAGGUCUGUGUGGAGUGAUAGAGCAGAAGGACGAGGGAGGACAGCAGCCAGAUUCAGCUUGUGGAGCGCAGACCCAAAAUGGACACGCUGGACUCUGCGAGAAACAUUACCGCGAGUACCUGGUCAGCCUGAUCAACAGCCACUCAAUAGACCCCGCCCCCCUCUACAGCUCCAGUGAACUGCUGUUGGCGUGCAGGAGGUACAAGGUGGACGACAGUCGAAGGGAUGGAGAGGACAGCUUCACCUACCACAGCAGACUGCUGGAGAAGCUGAUGGUUGAAGUUCCACUGGGUGACAAGGUGCCGCGCAAAAAAUGAAGGCGGCCACUUCCUAUUCCCUCAUCUACUGUUAUCGUGUGGUCAAACAAAACUGUUUCCUUCACAUUUUGGAUUUGUAAAUGUUUGCUCGUAAGCAGAAACGUGUUGUGUCUUUUUUCUCUGGACACUGAUUUUUGUUUUGUUUUGUUCUUUAUGUUCAUUUUAAUGAGCAUUUGUUCAGCAAUGAUGUGGUGUACUGUAAAUACUGUUUGUUUCAAUGAUCUUCAUUAAUAAUCCAGGGAGAUAAUGUGAGAGAAACACAGCUUGACACAUUCAGGCGUUCCUUAAAGUCCACUCUGUGCUUCAUCUGACUUACUUUUGCAGCUGUGAGCAUUAAAGAGGUUUCACAUCAACAUCAGCACAGACGGGCAGAUUAUUAAAUAUCACAUCAAAUGAUACAUCAGGAAGUGUUUAAGAAUUAGAGACACCUAAUGGUGAGACUGGACUCCUACACUUUGCAGGAUUUUUAGCCUAAUUUUCAGCAUCAGAGUAAUUGUGACGGUUGAAUGUCUUGUUGUGGGGAGUACAGACAGUAAGUUAGUGGAAAACCACGCUUGUAAGAUCAGGGCUGCCGACCCAGCAUCCUCAGAAUCACAAGGAAACACUAAUUUCCAAUUGGAGGAAGUGAGGAAGAGGAAAUGACUGUCUGAGUAAGUGAAGAGCUUUGGGUCAUAGGUUCUGAUAAUAAAAGGUUUUCACACACUGGGCCUUUAGUCUUUUAUUUAUAAUCAAAUCUCUCGUCACUGAAUUUAAUGAAACCCCCUUUACACAACCUCGGCUGUUUCUAAUCAUCUCAACAUCUGCACAAAUGUAUCACAAUAAAAAUGUUUUUAAUCAAACGCGAA